UUUUCCAGUGCAUUUUUUUUUUGCGCGAUGAUUUCGCUGCUGCUGAAAUUCGGCAGCUCUCGCGAGGCUGCCUGAAAAAGAGGAAGGGGCUUGGAACUCUUGAUUUGGGCCUUGAAGGCCAUAUUUUGACUCAGUUUUGGCAUGAGAGAUAGAUAAAACAAUUCUAAACAAGAUGCCGGUGCUAGUUUUUCUAAUAGAUACCAGUGCUUCGAUGAAUCAGCGGACACAUUUGGGCACAUCACUCUUGGAUAUAGCGAAAGGAGCCGUGGAGACGUUCAUGAAGCUUCGCCUUCGAGACCAAGCCAGCCGCACUGAUCGCUACAUGUUGGUGACGUGCGACGAGUCACCGGCAACAAUCAAGGCUGGUUGGAAGGAGAAUCCAGCUGUCUUCAUGAGUGAGCUCAAGAACCUGCAGGCCACGGGUCUAACGACCUUGGGUCAUGCCCUCAAGAUGACCUUUGACCUCUUGAAUGUCAAUCGUCUCUACUCUGGCAUUGACAACUAUGGGCAGGGACGGAACCCUUUCUAUCUGGAACCAGCCAUUGUCAUAGCGAUCACUGACGGACAUAAACUUUCGAGCAACGGUGGUGUUCAAGAAGAGUUGUCGCUGCCGAUGAGCCAUGUUCUACCCGGGAGUGAACUGACGAGGGAGCCCUUCAGAUGGGAUCAGCGGCUCUUUGCCCUGGUGUUGCGUCUGCCGGGGGUUGCAGGGGAGAAGGAGCGUAUGGGACCUACAAGCAGCCUGGUGAAUACAGAUGACUCACCCAUCAGCAGUAUGUGUGAUGUCACUGGAGGUCGUUCUUACAUGGUGAACUCUAUGAAGACCCUGAACCAGUGCCUCGAGUCCCUCGUCCAGAAGGUCCAGAGUGGCGUGGUGGUCCACUUUGAGAAGUUUGGACCAGAUCCAGUCAUUCCCAACGGAGAGAUGAAAGCUGGUGGACGCCAGUCCCCGCUGCCACCAGAGGUGGGGGACCGGGAGGGCACACCACAGCCACCGCUGGAUGCCCAGGUUAACUUGGUGGUGCCCCCUAAUGGCCGGAACGGGGCCCCUUCCCCUACCCCAACGGACACCUCCUGGUACAGCUGCCGUAGAAUGAUCCAUGUGAGGCCCAACCCUAAGAGCGGGGUGCCCAUGGGACAUUGGCCCAUCCCAGAGACAUUCUGGCCCGACCCCCAGGCCCCAUCAAUGCCUCAGCGUGUUUCCCACCCAGUCGUGAAGUUCACCUGUACAAACAGCGAACCGAUGAUCCUGGACCAGCUCCCGUUCGACAAGUAUGAGCUAGAGCCAUCCCCUCUGACCCAGUACAUCCUGGAGAGACGCAACCCUAACUCGUGCUGGCAGGUAUUUGUACCCAACAGCAGCAAGAAUGGCGACCCGAUGGGCUACCCCUUUGGCUUCCUCAAGGCCUCCUCCAACCUCUCCUGCGUUAACCUCAUCGUCAUGCCUUACAACUACCCGACCCUCAUCCCCCUCCUUGAUGACCUGUGCAAGGUCCACAAGCUCAAGCCCUCGCAGAAGUGGAAGCAGGCGUUCGAUGCUUACUUGGAGGAAGUCCCCAGAUACUACGCAGGGCCACUCAAGGUAGCUCUAAGACGCAUGGGUGCACCCAACCUGAUACCCGACGGCCUCGAGAACUGCCUGAGCUACAGCGUGGUGACCUACCUCAAGAAGCUGAAGCAACACAGCAAGGUGGAAGGGGAGAAGCUCUCCAGCCUCGUCGCCAGCAGACCCAGGGCUCAGGAGCUAGGCAUCAAAGUACAGUCAAGGUCUCCGUUGCGGUCCCUUGCAGCAAGACGAGACUUCCAGCAGCUCCUCCAGAGUAUAACGGGCGAGACCAUCACGGUCCGAGCGGACAACAACGUCAACGAGUUCCCUGGUUACAUGCUAAGGGUCAGCGACCGUGACAUCCGACCCCAGACGUACCGCAACCCCUUUGACAUUCCUCGGAAGGAGAUCCUGGACCAGGUGGUGAGGAUGAGAGCCAACUUCCUCCAGAUCACGUCCAACCGAUCGGUCAGGUUCAUGAACGAAGAUAAAUUCCACAACAUUCCCAUAGCGGAGAUGGGUAACUAUCAGGAGUACUUGAAGCGUAUACCAAGCCCUCUACGGGAAGCAGAUCCUGCUCCAGCCAGGUUACAUACGUUUGGCAACCCCUUCAAAUUGGCAACUGAAAAAGACAAGAAAAUGAUGGUCGAUGAGGCUGACAUCAACGACCACAUGGCAGGCAUACCUCAGAAAAGGCGGGCCUCCGACAGCAAUCUCUCCAUCAAGAAGCUCAGAGGGGCGUCGCCUCCCAGCCGCAGACCGACGUCCCCCGGGGCCCAGGGCGCCCUACUCAAGCUACCACUGCUUCAGCUAGUCCAACGAAGGGCCCAGAAUGCCACCCCUAAUGGUGGUAAUCUGGAGAACAAGAACUCUGGUUCAUCGACCCCAGAGAGGCUACCUUCACCGGAUGGCAAACCACCCGACCUAUCCGUAUCAUCAAGCGAUGAAUCAGGAGGCUCCUCGGACGAGCUUGUCAUCAUCAUGGACGGCAUCAACGAUGAGGUUGCCAUGGAAACAAGCAGCAAUGCAUCCUCAGAGGAUGAGGCGACGCCCCCAUCAUCAUCAUCAUCAUCAUCACCCCUUCCAGUUUCGUCAUCAGGUUCGACGACGACGACAAAUCACGUGGACUCGAAGAAGUCGAACAAUACGACGAACAAACAUCGCAAGAUGAAUAAUAACAAUGUGCUUCCAACGUCGGAGCAGUCGAGCACUGCCGCGUCGACAAUGAACAAUGUGAGGAACGCGUAUCAGAGAACAGACUCUAUGAACUCAGAUAUUGAUGUGAAUGCGGUCAAUUCCAGGUUGAGAGCGAUGGUUAUAAGGGAGGUCCGGAAACCAGGCAAAAACUUCAGACGUCUCUUCGAGAUCCUCAACCAAGUCCAGGGCGACGUCGACACCAAAUACCUCUUCAUCGAGAGCAUCAUCAACGAGGCCAAACGCUUCCGACGCAAGGCCCUCAUCGGCAUGCUGGAGACGUUCCGCAGUUCCAUGGUCACGUUCGAGAAGAAGCAGACAUUAGGAAACACAGGAUUAAAUCACGUCAGAUAGCAUUGGAUCGAUCGGACGCUCAAUAUCUGUGUGAACUGUAUGGACAGUGCUUUCCAAUUCUGAUAUUGUCAAUCCCUGUCCUGCCUACUGAUGUAAUUUAUUGAUUUUUUUUUUUUUGUCGUAAGUUAUGAAAAUGUUUUUUUCUCCCUUGAUUUAUUUCUUUGUUAUUUGAGUUUUGUUGCAUUUUUUUUUUCUUUAACGUUUUUUUGUUGUUGUUACCAAAUAGAAUUCAUAAGAAUCUUUGCAAGGUUCCUUUAAAGACUUUCUUCCAUUCAAGCAGUUAGGAGACCAUUGUAUCGAGUCUGAAUUCUCAUUGCCAAAAGCUGAUUACAGUGGUAUGUUUCAAACGCAACUCCAUAAAUGAAAGAAGGACUCCAUUUUCAACCAAACACAAGUCCAUAUUUGCGAUUGAUUUUUAGAGUUGAAUUUGAAUGUUCAUUUUUAUGCAGGAGGCCUUUUGAAAUUUCUUGCUACUCUCUAUUCUCCAAUUUCCUUUUAAAAAAUAAAAGAUAUGGUAUAUUAUACUGCCCCCCCCCACCCCCAACAAAAAAAUAGUGUCUAUAAGAAAUGGAUUAUUUAUGAUUCCAACUGUUGCAUUCUGCUGUCAAUAACCAAAGUUUUGGUGCAUGUGUAUUUAACACACAAUAGACCGCUAAUGCAUUUAAUAUAAAAGUCAACCGUGAUCGAGUUAGGUCCUGGUGCUUUAUUGACUUAAGUUAUUUGACUCUUUCCGUCUUAGCCUUUUUUCGAAGAUGUGCCUUUCUCCCGUCGCUAUCGACAACUGUGAAGCCCCGGUGGACGUGUUUGGCGAUAGAUCUGUUCACGCAUGUACCGUAUUCAAAAUUCAACUUGUUAUGUUUCUAACAAGUCUGAGGCAAGAGUCUCGAGUUCUUCAAUCCCUCUAUUUAAGAAUUUGAAUUUAUUUGUGUACGAGGUUAAGAAGCAUUAAAUAAAUAGUUAAAUAGUAACCCGAUCGGGGAGGGGUGAUGGGGAUUGGUUUUGAUUAUGUUAAUACAUUGUUGACGGGAAGUGGGUGGUCCCUGUGUUAAGUUUAUGGGAAUGAGAAAUUUCAGUAGUCCAUGAGUUAAGAACCAGCUUGCCAGAAAUUCAGGAGGUUUUUAAAAGGGUGGGGCGGGGUGAUAUCAAGUCCCUUUCUUGGUAGAUAUAUGUUCCCCACAUUGCUUUGUGUCCGAUAUCUGAAUGUGAUUCAUGUGGUUUCAAUGUUCAGUUGGAAUUGUUACACACAGAGUAUUGAAUUGUAUGUAUGGACAAAUAAAAAGAUGUUUUAGAUGAAUUUAUAUUAAAAAAAUAAACAAUAUGCUAUGUUGCAAUUUUUCAA